CGUCAGCAGGUCCAGUCAUCAGUGGGUCCCCACAUCAGCAGGUCCAGUAAUCGUGUGGGUCCCGUUGGUGAUUUUUGGAGAGAAGUUGGUUCUGACUAAUUUUGACGUCCUGAUUCCAUUUUUGAGGCCAGUUUCCUCAAAUUUGGAUUGUUUGGUAUUGGUUGAUUGCUGCUUGAGUGGAACUAUGACUACCUUGAAGUUUGAAGUUCCGUUAUUUGAUGGAAGGGCGGACUUCAUGUUGUGGCAAUGCACGAUUCAAGACUAUUUGGUCCAGCAAGGUCUUGAAUUAGCAUUGCAAGAUGAGAAGCCAAGUGAUAUGAAAGAAUCAGAGUGGAGUACAAUCCAAAAGAAGGCUGUCAGCACAAUUCGGUUGGCACUGUCCCCACAGAUUAAAGUGACAGUGCUGAAAGAGACAUCACCAAAGAAGUUGUGGGAAAUGUUGGAGAGCAAGUUUGCAUCAAAGACACUUACUAACCGGUUGAUGAUGAGGAUGGACUUGUACUCACUGAAGAUGGAAGAGGGAGGUAGCGUAAUUGAUCACAUCAACAAGUUUAAUGAGCAAGUAUCAAGGCUAUUAAAUGCAGGGGAGACUAUCAAGGAUGAAGAGCAAGGGCUGCUUCUACUGGCUUCACUACCAAAAUCCUUUAAGCCGUUUGUGCAGUCAAUGAUAGCAGGAAGGACUACACUGCGACUAGAUGAUGUGACGACUGCCUUGAAGGAGAGUCAAAGGAUGAUGGGAGGUGAAGAGUCUUCCGGGGACAGUCAUUUACUAGCUGCUGUGAGUGUUGAGAAAGGGAGGAAGAAGAAGAGUGACCAACUUGGGAGAAGAUCUCAGCUGAGAGACAUGAGCACUGUUAGUAUCCCCGAUCAAUUCGUGGGCGACGCUUUGAUGGAUCAAGAAUUCGACCAUUAUGUGUCAGGUAGAGGCGAUGCCAAUCUCGAAACUCUUGAAUGUUUAUUCGAGGACAUUGAUGAAGUAGGAAUGGACGUGGAGCCUAUAGCGCACAGCAAUAAUCCUACGGACGUCGACGAGGAGGCAGGUGAGCCUGAGACCUCUCAAGGUCCGGACAAAGGGAUAUACGGUAAUGUAUCGGAAGAAACAGCACCUCCUCCGCCCCCCAAAUCAAAAAAAGGUUUUAAAGGAAUAGUCGGUGGGCUUCUUGCAAAGAAAGGGAAGCGUGCUAAGCCUUCGACGAGUUCAGGUGGUACAACUGUAAGCUCGCACAACGAACUUGCUAUGUACCAAGGGGUGCCAUGCGAUUACGACGACGACGUGGAGUUUGACGUCCUCGGAUGCUGGAAGCGGAACGAACACAUGUUCCCAUGUCUCGGAAUGCUAGCAAGACAAAUUUUAUCCGUCCCGGUAUCAACCGUAGCAGUGGAACAAGAAUUUAGUGCUGGCGGCAACAUUCUAACCAACUCCCGAAGUUGUCUUAGCGCUGAAUCUCUUGAAACACUUGUUUGCAACCGAGAUUGGCUCUUGGCAAGACGUCGUGGUCAAGAGUCAGGAUACGAUUUCAAUUCCGAUCAUUACAUGAAUGCAACCACGGAUGGAAGCCUGAGUUCUGAGGAAUAAGUUAUAAACUUUUUUUAUGUUA